UCCGGUUAAUGUCACUUCUGGACCAUGUCCUGGACUGAACUGAGGGAAACUGACUCUAAAAUGGUCUACUGACUCUGGCAGGGAAACAUCUAAGUAACCUGUCUCACUAAAAAUGGCAUCAAUACCUGGAUUCAGAGCUCUUUUUCACUUACAUCGAUCACUGACUUUCCAGUGCAGCUUUCAGCGUGUACCGGUACAGUUAAUGUCACCUGGUUUUGUCAGGAGGCUUUGUACCGUUACCCCAACAAAUACAGAGCCAAAACCAGCAGCAACACCAGAGAAUGAAUCUCUUCUGGAAAACUUGAACCUUAUGGGUGUUGACGUGAAGAUGGUACGUCAGCGUCAGCCUGGGGUUCUUCGUAAAACUUUCACUAAUGAAAAUGGCCUCGCUCAGUUCCUGCAAAGCAAAGGUGCGAACCACAGUAUGAUUGCUAGCGUCAUAAGCCGUUACCCCCGUGCUAUCACCCGCUCUGUUGAACAUCUGGAUCAGCGCUGGAACCUGUGGAGGAACAUUUUUCAGUCAGAUGAAGAAAUUGUGACCAUCCUGAAUCGCUCACCUGAAUCUUUCUUCCGCUCAAGUGAUAAUGAGAAGUUGGAGAGAAACAUAGCGUUUCUAACAUCACUUGGACUCAACUCCAAAGACCUCCACCGGCUGCUGACCACAGCACCACGGACAUUUUCCAACAGUUUAGAGCUGAACAAGCAGAUGGUGGAGUUUCUGGAGAACAUUUGUGUUGAGCUCGGUGGGAGAAGUCCAGAGCAGUUUGCCAAAGAUGUCAUAUCCAGAAAUCUCUACAUUCUCAUUCGAAGUACUAAAAGAGUCAAGGCAAACAUUAAUAGCCUGAAAGCUUUUCUUAAACUGAGUAAUUCAGAGCUCCUGGGUCUGCUGCAGGGACCAGUGGCAGAUAUUCUGGACCUUUCCAAUGAGUAUCUGAAGAAAAAUUUCAACAGUCUCCAGCAGAAGAUGAUUUUAUUUGGAUGCCGGAGAAGUGACAUCAAAAAACUGAUCAUCAGCUAUCCUGUGGUUCUGUACACUGGAUCAGACACUCUGAGCUCCAAGUUAGAUUGUCUUGUGAAUGGAGGGAUAACAAUGAAGCAGAUAGUGGACAAGCCCAAGGUUUUGGACUAUAGUAUACAAAAUAUUACUACGCGACUGGAGAAGCUCGAGAGCAUCGGGUAUGACUUCCAGAAGAAUGGCAUCGGGAUCCUGAACUACAGUCAAAAGCGAUUUGAUGCAAAAAUGGAAAAACUUUCUGCUUCACUGGAGUGGUGAAUGUAUGUCAUAUUGUCACUAUUUUUGACAGAUUUUGUCAUAAGUCUCUACAUUAGUGGAACUUGUGCUUUUUUCAGUUCACUGCAAAAAAAAAAAAAA